GAAGGAUUCGGGAGCGGCUGCGGAGGAAGGACCCAAGAGGGGAGGGAAACCGCGGGAGCGUUGCGGCUCAAGGUCACUCCGGGCAUCAGCAAACCGGCACCUUCGGCCCAAGGAAAGCGCCCAGCUUCCCGGCUCGCACGACGCAGAACCCGUCGAGAAAGGAGAAGAGUCUCUCGGGGCCUAUUAAAGAGUUAUGCCAUUCUGAUCUUCAUAGAAGAAAACAUAUUCUAUUUCACUUUGAAGGAGGAUUUCUUAUUACAAUAAUAAUGUAUUCAGUUCCUCGCUCCCUAUCUGGAAUGGAAGGAGAUAAUGGGCAUCCUAGGAAAUUUAUCUCUUUCCUUUUCGUUUUUGGCAUUACAUUGUUAUGUGCUGGAUUUUUGCUAUCAAUGUUUGUUUUGCAGACAUGUCCAAGCGGAGCCUUUGGUGACUGUAAGGGAGCUUUCAAAAUCAUUGGGCCUCUGCUUGCAGUUGUUGGACUAGUUUGUAUAAUUUUGGCACAAUCGAGAGCCAAAGAUUAUCUCAGAGAUGUGCAAUUGCAAGACGAUCAGGUAUAUGGAUUUGUUUUUUGUCGAGGAAAUUGUCAGUUUGCUCAGUUCCUCGUGUUUGGGUUUUUAUUUUUAACAAGUGGGAUGCUUAUUAGUGUCCUUGGCAUAUGGAUUCCCGGAUGCAGUCCAGGAUGGCGCUAUCAGCAGUUUAACCAUAGCAAUACAUCUGGCAUUGAACUCCAGGACUGUGGAUUUCAUUCUGUUCAAACUAUGGGCCCUUUAAUCGUGCUUAUUGGAUUAUGUUUCUUUGUAAUAGCUCACAUUAAAAAGAAACAAAACUUAAAUCUCAUCCAAGAAUCUUCAGUCAGUGAAGAACAACUGAACUCUGAAUCAUUUCAAGUUACAGUAGGUGAUACUGUAAUGGUUUUUCCUCCACCACCACCACCUUAUUUUUCUGAUUGUUCACCACAGACCAUAACUCCUAGCUUGGUAACCAGCGAACUUAUUUUAAAUGAAAAUCCUCCACCAUAUCACAGUAUUUUUAUUAACUGAGUAUUGAGUUGUGAAUAAGAGGCCUACAGAGAGAAUGAGUUCCACAGUAUCAGAAAACAGUUUGCCUUCUAAAACUUAAUCAGUUCAUUGUCAUUCCUCUGAGUCAUCUCAGAAUUACAAGGCAAAAGAAGCAGCUGUAAAUAAUGAAUGUGUCUUGUCGUCUCCCUUCCAUACUCAGCUAAUCCAUUACCAUCUGCUUAUCACCAACUAUAAGAAAUAUUCAGAGCUGAAGCAGAAAGACAGGGGAAGGAACAGGUAUAAACAAAGACAAGAAAAGAAAGAACUACAGGAAUUCCACAUAAAAAUAAGAUGAAAGGAGAAUGAAAAAGGCUACACCUGCAUUUCCUCAACCCAUUAAAGAGAGCAGUAGGUUUUACAUUAGGAACAUGCAACCUUUUUCAAGUCAAAGGCUUCCACCAGACAUAUAGAAUAUUUUGGGGUUUUUACAAAGAAAGUGGCUGGAACAUGGAUGGGGAAAUGGGUUUACCCAGAAACAAGUGGCUACAUUUAUUUCCUACAAGACAAAGGAAACGUUAGUGAUCGUUAGUGUAAAAUAGAUUAUUCCCUUACCUGUAAUAUACUUUGCCAUCCACGCCACUUCUACAACAAAUGUAUAUCUGUUAACUUGCACAUCCGUUUUUCUUAUUGUUCCAAUGUCAGGGAUAGUAGCAGUAGCAACAGCUCAGUUUCAUGGAGGCUGCUUGAAAUCCAGAGGAUAUGCUGAAAAAUACUUUGACAUCUUGAGUAAAAAAGGAAAAUAAGGGGGAACAAGGAAUUAGCUGAACACCCAGCUGAAGUAGGAAGCCAGAAUGAGUUUUAAAAAAUGGACAACAUGAUCAUGUUACAGGCUUAUUUGCUGGUGUUAGAAUCCAGCAGUUCAUCAGUGUUAGAAAGGUCAGGGAGGCAUGAAGCCUCCAGACGUUUUGGAAAAUUCAUUUGCUGAGUGAGCAAGAAAGGAUUGCUGAGGGACAAACAAGUGAGUUGGAAACUUUGCUGCCAUAAAAGUCACCUGACUGCUCUACCAAGCAGUCAAAUAAAAGGAGACAUUCCUUUAUGGAAGAUAAGGAAGAAGAGAGGUGUGAUAGCAGCAGUGGGAAGAUAUACACCGUGAUGCUUCUUGAAGAGGUUGUUAUUUCAUAGGCUUGGUAGGAAUAGAGAAUUAGGAAAUGAGUGAAGGAACAGAUACAUAUUGUGACUUCUUGGUUCACUGUGCUAUGCUUCAAAGGUAAGCAGAGGGCACAGAAAAAGGACAGCAAAGAAGUGUGAACCUCUGACAAUCCUUGACAGUGCUGGGAUAUGCUAGAGCCACUCUCAACAUUCAACAACAACUCUUGAUGGCUCUUAAGAGUCCUGGAGUAGAUGGCCCAGUCUUCAUGAGCCACAGACCACACACUUUGAUUUCAGAGGCCAACCAUAGAGGAAACUGCAGCAGAAGCCAGGGCAGAAUGCCUGUAAGUGGUAAACUGCCUAUUUCUAAAGAAUUAUUCAAGAAAGGAAUCAUCAUAAACACUCCUGCAUGAGAUUUAAGUAUCCAGAGCAAAUCAACUACUAUCUUGACAAUUGUUAGGUUCAGCUUAGACUAGAAGAAAUUCUGAAAACUUUACAUAUCUUUUUCCUCUUUUUUCCCCUGCUGUAAAGGCCCAGAAGAUAUGAGAUACUGAAGGUAUCUAUAUCUAUCUGGCAUUUUAAUGUAUUAAAUAUCAUGAUGCAAAGGGGCACAUAGUGUCUUAAACAUUUGGUGCCUCAAAUGACACAUUCCAUUUUCCGGAAUUAAGGGCCUCAGUGUAGUCAUGAGGAAUAAUUAUGAAAGAAACCAUAAUGUGGAAAUUAAGGAGUUGGACCAGGAGUGGGGAGAUCCAAAUUGAAAUCCAUUCUGUUCAUCCAUGGAAGUUCUUUUCUUUAUUUAAUUGAAUUACUGACUGUCUUGGUUACUAAACAAAGUCUAGGCUGCGUACAAGGAUACCAAUAUAUUAAAAAGAAAUCUAACAAUAAAAAAGAUAAUCACAUCAGGAAACCAAUAAUGUACAAACAUACGUCACAAGUGCACUCCCAGAGUCUGCUGAAAGACCCAGGACCACCUCAAGGCUUUCCUAUAAUGCAAAAUGCAGAUUUAAACAGUUAUUCUAAAAGAUAAGAACAACUCCAGGAUGCCAUGAGAUGAUACUGCUUUGCCAAGGGGACCUGGAGCAUGCCAAUCCUGCCAGAUCUUAUUGGAUAGGCAAAAACAGGAAAAGUGGUACCUUCCAGGUCUCAAGCUAUAAAGGGCUUUAUAGUGACAACUAGCAACUUGAAUUCUAUGUGGAAGCUAACUAGUAAAGUGUAUCUGGAGGGCAGUUUGGGCCAUUUAUUCAUUCCAAGCUCAAUGCUGUGUAUGAUGGAGAAAAAUAGGUAUUGUACUAUGCUUAGAUAUCGGUGCAUAGCAAAUAAAAACAGUAUUAUUGAA